UGAUAUCGGAAUUUGAGCGAUUCCAUGUAAUAAUUAAUGCUGUCAUUUCUCAUUUGUAGAAUACAAGCCUAGUUCAACAUCAAAUACGAAGAAAACUACUGGUGAGCUUUAAUAUUCUAUCUAUCUGGUAUAUACAAUUAUGAUUUACUGUUUAGCAAAUGCUGGGAUAUGAAGUGGUUUGUACGUUAUGUACACAUUUUUAAGACUGGUCACUACUAAUCAGGGGCGGCGGAACAGGGGGGGCUAGGGGGGCUAAAGCCCCCCCAGAAGUAAAUGUGGGGGGGCUUAGCCCCCCCAGAAAAUUUGAAUUUUUGGAAAAAAAAUUGAUAAUUAGGGAAAAAUUUAGGUUAUUUUUUGAAAAUUUAGGUAUAAGGGGACAAAUUUGCAAUAUUUUGUUUAAAAAAAGUGUAUUUGCGAAAAUUUUUUUUUAUAUAAGUCCGAAAAAAGUUUUUUCGUCCCUUUUUUUGUAUAUUGUACCCCUAAAGUGGUAAAACCCGGGGGGGGGGGUUGGGAGGUCGCCGAAAAAAUUUAGCCCCCCCAGAACGAAAUCUGUUCCGCCGCCGCUGCUACUAAUAGCUGCACGGCAAGUAUAAUAUACAAUACAUCACUUAUUACGCUGGUUGGUACUGCUUGAGCUUCACAAUGGGAGUUUUCUGGGAGUUUUGUAGAUUUUUGGGGUGCCACAAACGUGAGAUUCCUCUAACGAAUCGCAGGCCCAAGGUGCAGAAAUCCAAAUUAAGUGAAUAAGCUCCUGUGACACCUGGCUAUACAGUUCAGUGGAAUCAAUUUUCAAAAUGGCGGCCAUUCACUGGUUUUCUAUGGAUUUACAUUGUGUCACACUCAGGACUUUCUUGCGUGUUAAAUUAAAUGUGUUUUUCUUUGUGCAACGACUCUGGAAAUCCGAAAUUUGGAUCACUGAGUUCCCGUGAAUUUAUAUGUCAAUUAUACUGGAUUGUCUGAAGGACAAGUUAAGGGUUAAACUAUGUAGCAUAGUUUUAAUAAAUGUCCGUUGUAGACUUUUUCCUGUGUCUAUUGCCCUUAACAGUUGGAUAAAUUGGUUAAAGAAUCACAGUCAACCGUGAUGCUUCGCGCGCUAUGUGAAUGCUUACAUAUACAUACACUAAAAAAGAUAUGCAUUAGCUUUAUUAUAAACAAAAAACUUUAAUACAUUUACCCGCUGAUGUUUUGAUGAAAUCCUGAUUCCUGCCCUAUCGCCUGCUACGUUCACGCAGUUUGUCCAUGUUUUGAUGGAGCAAGAUUUCGGCGAACUCGCUAAUGCGAAAGCCCCCGUAUUCCCAGGCUUUCUUUCCUUUCCGUCCAAAGAACGGUUGUUCAAGUAUCGUUGAACUUGUCAACAAUAUUAUUUUUCAUAUACCUUCACUUGUUGGCCUUCCACGAACGGGAAAUCCAGAAGCCAUGAUUAGCCAUCUACUUUAUAAAAUGAGAAAACUUUCUAAAAUCAUUGCGUAAGAUAAAAACACACGCCAAAAUCUCAGUCAAUAAUCUAUUUAACAUAUUCCAACUAUAAAAAAUAUGACAUCGUCCAAGAAUAAUGCAGAUUGAUAAGGAUGUCAAUCUUUCGUCAGUAAAGUGGCUAAUAAAAUGGCGGAAUACAAAAGAAUCAAAACAUUUUAGCGCGCAAACCAUCAUAGUUGACUGUGAUUCUUUAAUCUUAUGAUAAUUGUUGUCCGAGUGAUCCAUCAAUUCACUCCUUCACUAUAUUUUGGAAUUAAACGUUCACAUUCAGCUGUGGGUUGCCAGAAGUGAAGUACAGAUACUGUCUCUGGUAUCCAAGUUGGAUACUGAAAAUUCAUUUAAAUUCGAAACCUUGCUAUUAUUACGCAUCUUCGUACUGAUACUAUGCUCUUUUUGUGCGUCUUUUGUUGCCCCCAGCCGGAACGAAGAGACGCCUGAGCUGGCGUCUUGUUGAAUUCAGUAUCGUGCAGUAUGUAUUUGACAGUACAAGUUAAAAGAUAGUGCUUUCUACUUUGCAGAAUCAAGAAAAGAAGAAAAUACCGAAAUUGUAAAACCGUCCUUGGAAUCUCUUCAAAAUAAAGAGAAAGACGUAAAGAGCAAGGUCACAGUUAAAGACAAGGUUGAUAAAAAUGAACAUAAAAUACCAGAUGAACCAACUGCCUCGACCAAGACUAUAUUUAAGAGAACUGCUCUUGAAGAAAAACUAAUUGCAUUUUCUCGCAGUGCAGAUGAAGUCUUGUCCGACUCUGACAGUGACGCUGAGACUCAGCAGAAAGGAAAGAAGCAGAUAGAUACUGGAGUGACCAAGGUUCCAGAUAGUCUAGUUUCACAGAACAAUGAAGGGGGUGAAAAAAACCGCAGUGUUUCUAAUGUUUCGGAUUCGUCGAUUUGCAGCGAGACUGCUUCUGUGGCUAAUGUGGCACAAACUUCUGGGGCUACAAGCAUUGUAACUACAGCUACAAGUAAGCCGGAAAGAACGGAUAAGAAAGAAGUUGUUGAAAAUAGUGAAAAUUUGGAAACUGAAAAAAGUGAUGUUCUACCCUGUUUGAAAGAUCAAAUGAUCAUGUGUGAGGGUAUGAAUGAACCACACAACAUAGAAAAAAAGAAAUUGUCAUCAGAACAAGAGGAAGCUCUACCAGAACCUACUCAACAUGACCAGCUUUCUGAGAUGGAAUCAACAGACGUUACCAUGUCAGGAAAUGAUGAUGAGAGUAACAAAGAAGUUGUGGAGAAGCUGAAAAGAGAUAAAGAUACUGAACUGGACACUAAGGAACUUCACGAAGCUCACAAAAGUACGGAACCGAAGGAGGAUACAAAAUUAAAUACAAUGAUUCAGGAUCUUCAAAAAUACGGAACUGGAAUGGACAUCGAAGUGAAGACUAAGAAAGAGAAGAAUAAAAGUGAAAUUAAAAAGAUCAAAAGAGAGAAACCUAAGCCAGAACCACCAAAAUUAACAGACGUCAAUUUUUUCAGCGCCGAUGUCUCGAAGCAAAAUAAGAAGAAGAGUUCGAAAGAAGAAAAAACGCAAGCAACCAAAGUCAAGAAAGAAGAAAAAAGCGAGAACGCGUCGAAAGACAAGAAGAAACUAAAGAAAAAGUUGAGUGAGAGUAAAUUAGCUACUACUAAAGAAAAGAGUAAAAUUCAGCGCUAUAAAGAGUUAAAGAAACUAGUCAAGGAUUCAGAGAAUAACAUAAAUACUGCAACGGAUCCUGUAAAAAGUUCUGCUUCUGUUUCUGGAGAGAUUUAUAGUACUAAGAAAACAGAGAGAACUAAAGAAACAAAAGAGCUGGUUAAGGAUUCUAAGAAAAUAUUAAGCACUACAACAAGUUCUGGCAAAAUAUCAGCUUCUGGAAAGAGUGAAAGCCCUGACAAAACAGAGCGAACUAAAAUUUCGAAAGAGCCAGCUAAGGUCUCAAAUAAGGAAGUUAAUGUUGCUACAGACUACGCGAAAAUCUCUACCUCUAAAUCUGGGAAAAAAGACAUUGCUAGAAAAACGGAACGAAAUAAAGAUAUAAUAGUCAAAGAUUAUGUGAAGAAAACGAGUGUUGUGGCAAGUCCUGGAAAAAGUGUACUGGUUAUCUCUUCAGAUACUGAACAGAGUAGUGGAGAAAUAAAGAAAUCUAAUGUUGUUGAGUCAGACAUGGAUAAUAACAUGGAGGAUGAUAGUGAAGAAAAUGAGUUACUAAGGAUAUUUAAUGAUUACGAUCCCGAUAAUGAUGAACCAGAUGUUAUGGAUAGUAUGGAUAACCAUAUGUUGAAUAUUGAUGUGGAGGAUGAUAAAAUACAACAAUUACCAAAAUCUAUAGCUGGAUUAAAAAGACCAUCUACGGAAUCAAUUCCUGUAGGGUUUAAGAAACAACGGGUAGCUCAUCAACCAAGUCUAGUAAGUUAACGUAUAGUGUAUUAGCCAUGGUUUACAUUAUUUGGUAGUGAUGGUCGCGAUCAUGUCAUGCAUGGUAGACGAUAUAAUUGGGUGUUGCUAUACUUGUUAAUCGGAGGUCAUGUCUUGCUUGCGACAGCGGCGAUCCAAAUGGAAAUAACGCUAAAGUCUGUUCAUUGUAAACAAAUGCAGUUGUUUUUAAAUAGUAUACCGUGUAGUUAAGAUCACAAAUGACGAAGUAUUAUCGUAUCCUUCAGGUAAUACAUCGUGCAACAGCAUCGCGAAGCAGUUCAAAUCCAUUCAGACGAUUGCCUCGUCCUUUGCAAGGAACAUUAGCUCCUCCACCCCGUCAAGUAACUCAACCUAAAUCACAGGUACAGUACAAGAACAUAAAUAUCUGUACUUUUUGUAGACGUGCUAUGAGUUAUUUAGUAUGUAUGUUGACAGUCAACGUUAUGGCAAUGCAACUAAUAAUUGGGGUAUAUUGGAUAUUAUCUCUGUGGUCAUGCAGUCCAUGCCUGUACGAUAUGUACGUUGUUUAAUGUUUUAGUGAUUUAUGUUUGUUGUGUUUGGCAAAUCUUGUAAAAUAAAAUAAAUAAGAAUAAAAAAGGAAUAAAAUGGAAUAUGAUGGAAUAUAAGAACAGUCACUGCUUUUGCGAAAGCUAGGAGACAAGUUUCCUGAGACAACGACUGACCAAAUAUUUGUAUAUCCAGAAUAGGGUUAGCGAAUGAAUCUGUGCGAAAAUAUCUUUAAAAUGGCCGUUAAAUUUGAGUGCGAAAGGAAUCGGAUGAUAUUACUCCUACAACACCGCAUUUAAUUUGGCAAAACCUUCGAUUAUCACUCGCCAUCUUAUGGUUGCUUCAAUUCGCAAAAGAGCUGUAACAAUAGGACUAUGGGAGGGGUCGAUAGGGCUAUAGAGAACACAUCAAUAUUGUAUGCUUUUUAUGUUUUUCUUGUCCUAAAGUCUUCAUAUCUUCAGGGUGAAAGAGAUCUGGUGGCGUCAACUCAUGUAAAACAAAGAGUUACACACUAUACAAAAUCAUCAGGAACAUUAUUUCAACGACCAAGAAUAAGACUGGAAUAUGGAGCAAAAGUACCGCAAAAUGUGAGACAGAAAUACCUUGAUAAACUAGUCGAUGAAUAUCUGUGUAUGUAUGAAGAUCAGCAAGAGGCAUUUAAUAAGGUGAGUUUAAUAUUAUGCUAAUAUUGACUGCAAGUUAAACAAUGUAUUAGUAGGCUCAGGCUGUGGUGAUUUUUCACACAACCAAAACAGGAAACCGACGUAAAAAGGCGAUAAAAACGUUUUUCCUUUUUUGUCCGUGUCAUCUUGACGCCAUUAGAAACCGCGUUCACUAACGUCAUUGUCAUUUUUUUCGAAAAGACACGAAAAACGGAGGAAAAGUAAUUGGAGGGUAUUAGGUUCAAUGUUUAUCUUUUACUUUGUCUUUUACUUGGAAACUCCCGCUUCGUUUUACAGGUGUGUGUUGUACAAGAUUUAUUCACUUUUACAAUCUCAAUGAAGCCAUUUGAUGAGUUUCAGAAAUGGGCGUGAUUGUCAAAAUAUAGUCAUGCUUGGCGUAGUUAACACUAUAGAACAAUAACACUAUGGAAUUUUAUGUCUAGAUAACCCUAGAGCUCCGUUUAGUUGCUUUCCAAAAACCGUAUUUUUACUGAAAAUGUUGUCAGUGCAUGGGUUUCAGUUGGCCUGUUAUUUCUUCCUUAAUUAUUUAAAAAUAUUUAUCCUAUGUAAAUAGGCAGAAAAAGAAGAAAGGGAAGUUUACAUGAAAAGUCCAAGACGUCAAGUGUACAUCAAUUUAUGUGUCAAUCUUAUUAAGAAAUUACGUGAUGCCAGUGACCAAUCUGAUGUGGAGGUUACCAAACGUAAUCCUUUAGCUAGCAAAUCUACGUUACCCAGCCCAACAAAACGAUUGAAAAUUGACCCAUCAGCUUCGGCUAAUGUUGCCAAAGUCAUCCACAAUAUCGAACAUAAUGUUGGCCUCGAACCAAAGAGUGGAACAGUAAAAGAUGACGAAAUACCAGGUACAUAACAAGACAGAUAGCAAGAAGAUUACCCACCUCGCAAGCCUGACUCUGUUCCCACCCUCACACAAUCUACGACAUAGCGUGGGUUCGGGUGGGAGCGGAGGUAAACAACCUGGCUUGGACGAGCACACUAAUUUUUUCAGUAUUAUAAGUUUUCCAAAUAUUAGGACUUUUUGUUCGAUGAUUAUCCUAAUGUUAUUUCUUUUCGAAAAACGUAACACUGUAUACUUUUCGGCCUUUGAAAAUGUGGUCGUUCAGCGAAAACUUGUUUGGGCUUUGAAAACGGAUUGUUUGUCAUACUGACGCCACUGGUAGUACAGAGGGGUUAGCUAAUGGGUAGCAACCAACACUUUAGUUAAUACUAUAUGGUGGAAAAUAUAUUUUUAUAUUCCAUACAAUACACCUCAAAUCCAUGCAUACAUUCCAUUGUGUUUUUCGAAACUAAGUUGCACUUUGGUAACCAGAAACACCAAAUAAAGGAUUUUUAGAUAUAGGAACAGAAGUAACAGAUAUGAACUUUUAUAUGAAUACUAUUGUUAUAGAGGAUGAAUUUUAUGCUCGGAUGCAGAAAUAUAUAUUAACUAAAGAAGAAUUGGAAGGGAAUGGAUAUCCUCGACCAUCAAGUAUUCCAAGUCAUGCUGAGAUUACUGAUUGCUAUUCGAAGGUGAAGAGAAACGUAAAUGAUCGUAAGUAUGACUGCAUCUAAUUUACUCACUAUUUAUUGCAGAUAUAUAGAGGAUAUUACAUGGCGUCGAAAUCCCGACCCUAAACUUUUUUAUUGGAUCAUGUUUGUAAGUGUUUCCAUGUAGAGGAAAACGUUUGUGAAAAAUGGAAAUUUGAGGCAAUAUUAGGGAAAUAUAUCUUUGAAUGUGGAAGCACUGACUAAACAAAAUGCGUCCGGUUGUUAGGAAAAUUUUAAAAAAAAGUUUAAAAAAAAGUUAAAACCGACCUACCCUACCUAAGUUUUUACAAGAAAAAUAGGAAACCCACAUAUUUUUUUUAGCCUAGUGAAAAAUAAACCACGAUGCUUCCACCCUUUCUUUUGUACCAAACUGUAUCACACUGUAAUUAUGCAACGUAGUAUCAAUACUUAUUUAAGUUAUAAUUUUACAGCAUCACGUCAUAUUUGCUGUCGAUGUGGUAAAGCAUUCGUAGUAUUGGAGUCAGGAGAAUAUCCAAAUAAAGAGGAGUGUGUCUACCAUCAUGGACGUUUGCUUCGAAAUAGAAGUAAGAUUAACGGCUUUUGUGAUUUUCUAAUAUUUAAUAAUUUUAUAUGCCAUGCCCUUUCCAAGAAUGGGACGUAAAGUUGGUAGUAUGUGACAGGAUUUGGGGAACAAAUCGGGUUAAACAUGCAAGUGAGAACGUCACUAUAAUAAACCGUAACAUAAAACAUCUGUGCAGGUAGACGCAUGCCCUUACUGUACACCGUACGACGCUUUGCUUAAAUGUUAUCAAAUUGAGCCUGUAUAUAAUGCUUACAGGUAUUUAAACAUCAACCAGCUAUGGUGAUUAUUGAACAUGGUAAAUUGCAUAUAUAUGCGAGGUAAUACAGUAUACUGUACAACUGAUACUGUAUAUUCUUGAUUAUUUGUAGCUGCGGGAGAGAUAGUGACGUCAUAUACAUGUUGUCAAGGUGAAUCUGGCUGUUUAGGUUGUUCUAUUUCUAAGGUUAGUUGCAAUGCUACUGUCAAUCUUAAGGAUCAGCAUCUUUUUCUGGGUUUGUUUUCGCAUGAACUUGUACAAUGUGUCAUGCUCAUUACGAAUGGUAUUGUCAAGAGUUUUGAUAAAUGAUCAAUUAUGUGGGUAAGUAAACCUGAUUUUACUCUCACCCUCCCCGCUCUAUGAACAAUUUCGUGACAGAGGAAUAUGCACAGCUUCGAUGGUGGUAAAUGUUGACAGAGAUCAGGGAUGCCGCAAACACAGAGAGCAGCAUGGGCUACUAGUGUCCUGUUCAUAAAGGCACAUUCAUUAUUCAAUCCAGGCGAUAUCUAUAAAAAACCUGAUUAUAUGUAAUUUCAAAGUAAAUGUUAAAAUGACAUUAUUUUUAGGCGCAUGUUCGACCAACUUAUUGGUCUGAAGAAACAGGUUUUACUGAGACAAGACGAAAUCCAAAAUCUCCAAGAAAGAAAAUAUAUGCCUUGGAUUGUGAAAUGGUAAGCGAGGUAGCGAUGUUAAAAACAUCAUUUUCAGUCCUGGAAAAUGUCCUGCAAACUGCUGCCAUGCAGAAAAUGUUUGACAACAAGUUUCGUAAAAGCACUGAAAAAUAUGUUGAAAACGAUGCCCUAUAGUUCCUUUGUGUUUUACUCUUGAAUUAAUGAGUCUGAGAAAUGAAGAAUACCACAAUACGCUCUUCCGGAAGGUACGCCACCUUCGCCUCACGAAAACGUGGCUUAUGGUCCGGAAGCGUGUGUUACGAAACGUUUCUAGAGUGCCACUAAUAUACGUUUUUAGUCAUUCUAAGAAAAAAUCUAUAAUAUAUGUUUGUUGGAAAAACCCUCACUUUAACGACGUUAUGUCAUUAGAUGAAUUGUAAAUUAGGGUUUUUCUGCGACAAUUGCAAUGUAUUAUAAUGACAUCAUAUCCGGCCAGCCUAGACCUAGGCCUUUCAUAUUCAGCGC